UGUGCUGCAUUUAUCCCUCCACUCCUCCCUCCCUCUUCAGCUCCUAGACGUUCCUUCCCCCCCAUGCAGUGCGCGUCAGGAGCCUGCAGAGGAGCGUUGUGGAGGAGGCUGGCGUUAUUGAGGGCACCUCGCUCUGCCAUGCCAGGACGAAGCCGGCAGGACGGCUGAGAGAGAGAGAGAGGCUGGCUGCACAACCCAGCACCAACACAGAACUAGCCCCGAGCGAGCUUGAGAGAACAGCCAGAAAGGAAAACAAAGGUGAAUAGAGAGAAAGGACAGGAGCAUAGAGAUGACUUUCUGAAGACAUGGAAAGGAUCAGAGCCCUCGCCAUGCCCCCCCUCAACUGUGCCCCACUGGCUGGCCUGCUCCUGCUGAUUCUUUCUGGGUUCCUAGGGGGCUGGGUCCUGUCCAUCUGCCCCUCUGUGUGCUCCUGCAGCCGGGGACACCGUGUGGUGGACUGCUCCUUCCGAGGUCUGACCCAGCUUCCUCCCGGUCUGCAGCACAACAUCCGCUUCCUCAACCUCUCCCACAACAGCCUACCCGGUCUUGGGGACCAAUUAAGCCACUAUGCCCACCUUCGUACCCUGGAUGUGUCCUACAAUCAAAUGGGCCGCCUGCCCUCCUCCCUGCCUCGGGCCCUUUGGGACAUCCGCGCAGCAGGGAACCAGCUCCGAUCCCUUGAAAAGAAUGACACCGCCUACCACUGGAACCUGAGGGUUCUGGAUCUGUCUGCCAACGAGUUGGAAAGGGUGGUCUUCAUCAACAACACCCUGCCAAGUCUUCACGCGCUCAACUUGAGUCACAAUCGGUUUUGGACAGUCCCCACAAAUAUGCCUCACAAUCUGGAGAGUGUGGAUUUGUCCCACAACUACCUGGUUCAGAUCUUGCCGGGCUCGUUGGACCGUUUGCCCAGGUUGAGCCGGUUCUACCUGCAUGCCAACCGCUUCUCCUGGGUGGCAGAGGGGGUUUUGGAUCGGCUAAUUGGCCUUGAGUUGCUGACACUAGGGGAUAAUCCUUGGGCUUGUGAGGAAGAGGAGAACAUUACUAAGCUCUUGGGCUGGGCUGAGCACACCCGUGCCAUUGUUUUGGGCUGUCCUUGCUACACUAGGCCGACCUGCGGACAGGCCCACAUGGUGACUCCCGGGGGGGAGUGGCACUUUGCCUCUUACACGGAGCCCCCUUUGGGAGCUGAUGUGCGGGAUUUCAGCCGCGAUGAUUCCCCUGUCAGGGCUGCAGUGGUCACCUCUGGGUACCUGGCCAAGUCGGCGCUGUUAGAAACUGGAAUGUUUGGGGGGGGGAGAGGGGGCGCAAACGGUUCAGGGGACCAGACGUUGGAUUGGACUUCAACAUCUUCCUAUUGGGUCUCCACACGCACAAGCACAACAGGGCGCCCACGUUCUGCCACCAAAAAGUCAAACAUGGGAAGCGCUAGGAGUGAAGGAUUUGGACUACAUUACCAGAUUCCACGUUUGGUAACCUUCAACCUUUUACUUGCAGUGGCUGCCUUGAAAGCCGUCUAACUCAUCUUUAACAGGAUUGCAACUGAUGCAUUUUGGAAACAGGAAAGCAAAUGAAGACCUAUGGGGGGAACGAGUUGUAACGCUAUGACAUUUUAUAUUAAAAAACUGACUGUUACUGCCUAAGAUGAAUAUCAUCAUGUGUUUUCUCUACCAUCUUCCUACAAAGAAGCCGUUCCACUCCAAUUUAAAACUUGAGUAUGCCGUCAAACUAUGUCCUUCAAAUUCCUACAAAAAUAUUUAGGUGAAUGUACUGUAGCUAUUCAAAAUCAUGACAGAUACUACUCAAAAGCGCUACUGUUGGUGUGGCUAAAUGAAUGCUCAACUCUGUAUAGCUGAUGCUUGUCAUGUGACAGAUGCUACUGCAUUUUAUGGUUUAUAUGAGAUAAAGAAAAAAACAUCAACAUCUGGACAGCAUUUCUGUGUGGUUUGGUUGGAGUUUCUUAUUUGCGGAGACUUCUUGACAAAGACGCUUAUCUAGAUGAGAUCAUAAGCCAUUUUCUUGGCCUUUGCUUUCAUAGAUACAAACACACACAACUACUUGUUAUGCACUAAUGUAAAUUUAGGGCCAAUGUCGAUAAUUCCUUCUAAUCUUUACAGCCUAGACCAUUAACAUAGACGGAGAGAAGACACUUGAACUAAGAGGCUUUGAUAAGUUGCCAGGGGUGAGGGGGGGAUAUUUAUAUUAAACCUAUACAUAUCUUCGUUGAUAACACAAGUCUUAGACAUGUUGAUUCAGUUUUGAAAGUGUUUUUUUUUGCCUGUGGUAACUCAAGUCUUUUAAGCAAUAUCGAUGUAUAAAACUGCUCUGCAUAAAGCCAAAAACCAUAAAAAGAGGAUGUGAAAAGGCUUGCAGAAAUUUAAAUUGAGAGACAUCUACUCACAUACAUGCUAUCGAGGGGAAAGCUCUCUCAACCUAAUGAGGACAAAAAAGGGACAGUACCCUUAAGCCCAAUGAAGACUUUGGUUUGAAUAUCUUCUCAUUUUAUAAUGAAUCAUUUGUUAUGCAAUUAUUAUUUGCACAAUUCUUUCAUGAAUAAAAAAAAAUAAAUGUCCUGCGCUCCCAAAAUGUUUGAAGAAGCUAAAGUGAACAGUUGAGAACUUUUAUCUUGCAGCAACUUUAUUAUUGUUUAAAAAUACAAAAGAUCAACAUCCAUUUCAGUAUCAUAGAGUUAGCAGCAAGUUGUCCCAUCAAUUGGGUCCUACAGA